AUGAAGUUCAGCAUUAUUGCUCUCACUGGCUUGGUAGCUCUCGCUGCCUCGGAAGAUGCUACGACCACCUCCUUGUCACCACAAGCAUCCUGUGCUACCAAAUGUGAUCCUAAGGAUACAUGCUGCAAUGCCGUGUGUUAUAAUGUGCCUUGCCCCGACGCUGCCAUGGCCAACGACACUACAGCCUGCGCCGCUGCCUGUCCUCAGGGAAGCGGGACUCCCGAUGACACUGCAGCCUAUGCCAAAUGCCAGCAGUCUUGCUACAGCUCUCUAUUCUUCGGCACUGGCACUGGCACUGCUACGCUCCCUCCUGCUACUGCUACUGCUACGGCCACCGACGGUAGCGCCAGCGCUUCCCAUACGCUCUUGAGUGGCACCGUGGAUUCCCAUGGCGGCUCAGCUCAACGGACUGGUUCGUCCUCAUCAGACGAUUUAGACAGCUCCCCUACUUCCACCGCCACCGGUAGCAGCACCAGUGCCAGCGAAACCGGGGCUGCCAGCCAGAUCGGCAUUCAGCUAGGUGUUGCCGGUGUUCUGGGUGCAAUUAUGGCUGCCUUUUUCCUGUGA